GACGUCACACGGUGAAGAGGGCGCUUCCUUCUUGUAAACUUGUAAUCUGAAAGUAGAACGAAAACAUGGCCUUGCCGAUGUCGAAAAGCUUUGCACGAAAUGCUUGCCAGUACUUGAAGUCAUGGAGUGUACACAGCUCACCAGGUGUCCUUGUGAAUGCAUGUCAGCAAUACAGCACAAACAGCUCCAAACCAAAGACAGGGGUACUGAUGCUGAAUAUGGGGGGACCAGAGACAGAGGGACACGUCCAGGACUUCUUAACACGUCUCUUCUUAGACAGAGACUUAAUGCAGCUCCCGGCUCAACAAGUGCUUGGUCCAAGGAUUGCCCAGAGAAGGACACCAAAGAUUCAGGAACAGUACAGGAAGAUUGGGGGAGGAUCUCCAAUCAAACAGUGGACAGAAACCCAGGGUCAAGGAAUGGUUAAAAUACUUGACCAGAUCAGUCCACAAACAGCUCCACACAAAUUUUAUGUUGGUUUUCGAUAUGUACACCCACUUACAGAGGAUGCUAUAGAGGAAAUGGAGAGUGAUGGUAUAGAGAGGGGCGUGGCCUUCACUCAGUACCCUCAGUACAGCUGUUCUACAACUGGGAGCAGUAUCAAUGCUUUCUACAGACAUUACGCCAAGCGAGCACAACCCUCCAGCAUACUGUGGAGCUGUAUCGACCGCUGGCCCACACACCCUGGCCUGAUUCAGGCUUUUGUAGAAAGCAUUCAGAGUGAACUUGCCAAAUUUCCAGACAAAGAUCAGGAUGAUGUUGUAAUCCUGUUUUCCGCCCACUCUCUCCCUCUUAAGGUUGUGAACAGAGGUGAUCCUUACCCAGCAGAAGUAGGAGCUACAGUUAACAGAGUAAUGGAAGCUCUGAAUUACAGCAACCAGUACCGCCUGGUUUGGCAGUCUAAGGUUGGACCUCUUCCAUGGCUAGGGCCUGCGACAGAUUCCGCUAUAGAAGGACUUGCUGCCAAAGGGAAGAAGAACAUCUUAUUAGUCCCCAUUGCCUUCACUAGUGACCAUAUUGAAACUCUCUUUGAAUUGGAUCUGGAAUAUGCUGAGGAACUAGGAGAGAAGCACAACAUCAACAUCAGACGAGCCCCAGCUAUGAAUGGCAGCUUAACUUUCAUCAAGGCACAGGCAGAUAUUGUGAAGUCUCACUUGGAGUCCAACCGAGCCUGUUCUAAACAGCUGCUGCUGAGAUGUCCAAUAUGUGUCAACAACACGUGUGGUCAGGCCAAACAGUUCUUUAGUGACCAGCAGGUGCUACUGGACACGCAUAGACAACAAGAAAGUGUGGACAGAACAAUGUCAGCUCACGUCUGAGCUGGACAGGAAGCUGUGUUCUAAUUGUCAAAUGCACAAGAUUCUGUAAAAAUGAACUAUUCCUUAUAUAUCAACUUUUUUAUUUUACUUUAUUUAUGGGCAAAAGAGGGUCUUUCAUAAAUUCUUGGUUCUUACAAUAUUUUUAGUAAAUUAAAAAUGAUUAUUUUUCUACUAUUUAAUGUGAAUGUAAGAUAUGUUUAGUUAUGUUUACAUCCCUGUGUUCAAGUCUUAUCUAAAAGUCACUAAGAUACAGUGUCUACAUGUACCAAGAUUAGUUGAGUGGGUUUGUCCAGGGAAACUUUUGAUUGAUAGUAAAGUUCCAAACAUGUUUUUUUUUUAUUGUGAACUUUUUGUGUUGAAUAAAUGAGGUGCUUUUA